CGAACGCUGCAGCAGCUGCUGCAGCAACGCGCGUCGCGGCGCAGCAGAAGCCGCUGCGGCAACACCUGGCUCUCUUCUCAGCAGCAGACACUACAGCAGCAGCAACAAGAGAAGCAGCAGCAGCGGGAGAUGCAGCAGCAGAAACAGAAGCCGCCACAGGAGCAGCAGCAGAGGCCGCCGCCGGAGGAAGCAGCAGCAGCGCCGCAGCAGGAAGCUGCAGCGCCGCACUUGGGAGCUGGUCCAGGCGGCGACUGCCCCCUAGGCAGCAGCAGCGAGGACCCCACAGCAGCAGCAGCAGCAGCAGCAGCAGAUAGGGUGCCGCUGUCUGAUGCUGCAGUUGAAGAAGUCUUGAUGCAGCUGCGGCCGCUGCUGCAGAGCCACGGGGGCUCUGUGCUGCUGAUUGAAACAAAUAAAGAAAAGCGGCAGAUAACGCUGGAGCUGCAGCAAACGGCACAGUGA